UAAAAACAUAUCUCCGGAUGGUUUUCUUUCAAUGAUGUCGCCGGCUGUGACCUGCAUAAAAACGACAGCCAAUACGCAUGCGUUACUUGAGAAGUGGAACGCAGAAGCGUCUUACCGUUAGGCCUAGGCCCAGGACUGGAGAAGGUUGCUGAAACAGAUUUCGACAUUCCCUCUGUGAAGUGAAGAAAGCAAAAAGGUCACACCAUCAAAGCCACCAGAAGAUGUCGGAGUCAGCCGAAGGAGAGAAGACGGUGGUCAUCGUCGCCGUUGAUACCAGUCUCUACUCUGAUUAUGCAUUUAAGUUUUAUAUGGAGAAGAUCCACAAAGACGAGUACGAGGUUGUCCUGGCCCAUGGGGUCGAGUCGCCGUCUGUUGCUGUUUCGCUCGACACUGCCGGAUUCGCCGAUAUAGAUUAUCUAGCCAAUGUGUUUCUGCCUCCUGACAAGGAAAACCUGGAAAUAUACCAGAAAAAGAACGAAGAGGAAAUGGCGAGAAUCAUGGUUCAUCUUGAGGGCAUGAUAACCGAUCAUGGGACCGAAAUCAACCAUAAAUUCCGUGUGACGGAGCACAUGGGCGAGCCAGGAUCGGCCAUCUUGCAAAUGGCCGCGGAGGAGAAUGCGUCCAUGAUUGUCAUGGGGACGCGAGGUAAAGGCUUGGUUAGGAGGACUAUCCUCGGCAGUGUGUCCGAUUAUGUGCUGCAUCAUGCCAAGUUACCUGUUAUCAUCUGCCAUGCGGAUGAGAACUUUGAAAAGGAAUAUGAGAAGGCGAAGAGUUCUUAGGUACUAACAUUUCAUUCAUUUUAAUAUUGGGACAUCGGAUUGGGUGAGAGAGGAGUCAGCACAUAUCUUUGCUAUUGUCCCGACGAAAUACAACGAGCUGUACAUGCAACUAACUGUUGCGGUGGAUUGGUCUCUGUCAAUGCAUAUACAUGUAGAUCUGUAGCAUAAACAACAACGUUACAUAUUGUCAGUGGUAGUGGGGUAAGGAUUGAUGACUCCUCCCAAAAUGUUCAGUAUCUCAACAGUUACCAAAGCUUCGACACUGAAAUUAAAACUAUUCCUGUCCUUCACUGAGGUCAUAUCAUUGGACAUCGGGCCAAAGGUUUUCAUUAGCUGUUCUAUUGUGAAUAAACUCAUAUUCAUGUUGGUUGAA